UCUUUGGGGUUUUGCGUGAGCAGAUUCAAAUGCUUUAAUUUCGCUCAAAGCUAGACAAUUAUGGGACAUUUCUCCAGGGCUAAAAGAUAGAGGAACGAUCACACAUACCAUAGAUGGUCUUUGAAGUAAAAAUGCGCCGAAAUCCAACCAAAUCAUUUAAUGUUCCAGAAGAUUGAUUCGACCAUUUUGAUUGACUUUGUUAGAACGUCACUGUUUUCCCUCUGUGUUCGGCGUAAUUGGAUAAUUCUUGGAGUGUAUUCAACUAAAUAUUUAUACCUAGAGUACGCCUAAAUCAUGGACAAAUUUGUGAUCGUAGGAGGAUUUUUAUGUUUUGCGGCCGAUGUCUUCGCCAUAGCGUCAUUGGCAACUCCAGAGUGGGUGGUGAUGGAGUUUGCGGGUUCUGUCCGACUAGGGUUGACUGUCAUGUGUCAGAAAUCAGAGGGGCAACCAGAGGUGUGUGUCACCCCUGAUUUACCCCAAGAGUGGCUGGCUACUCUAUUGUUUAUGAUUUUGGGUGUGGUAGCUCUCACACUCACAUGCUUUUUGCUACUGGUGUCUCCUUGGAAACCUGCCAUUGUGGAUGCGGCCAAGUGGAUUAUUUUUCUUGGAAUGAUAGUGUUCUGUCUGGCAGCUCUCACAUUCCCGAUGGGAUUUCAAAUGCCAGAAAUUGGUGGAAAACCAUACAAGUUACCACAAGGAACACAUGUUGGACCUUCAUUUUUCCUUUACAUAUUUUGUAUAGUUUUCACAAUUGCUUCUGAACUUUUUAUAUUCAAAGUUUGUCCACUCUUGCUUAGGUAAUGAAUAGAAAUAUCACUUUUUGGGUGAGAUAAAAAUGCCAACAAAUUGCUCAACAACUUGUGUGCUGUUUAGUAACAGCAGAAAGGAGGCCAUACAUUUAAACAGAUUAAGUGAAACUUCAUGUGUCUAUCAAUCAGUUCUUUUUCCUUGACAGUAAAUUUUGUAAGUAAGCUUACAUGAGCAAUUUGGAUAAGGCAUACUUUGGUAAUUUUGUUUUUAAAGUAGUAUUUUGUAAGUUAUAAGGAUAAAUGUUGGCCAACAUGUCGGCCGAUAGUCAACCAAAAGUCGGUCAAUAGUUGACUAACAGUCGGGCAAGCUUCGACAGAUGCAUUGGCCAAGGUGUUGGCUGAUGUGUUGGUGGGAUCAGAUUCUUUACCUUUACCAAAUUCACUGUUGACCUGCUUGUUCUAAGCAGCUGGAAAGUAACACAUAGCAGCAAAAAGUGAAUGAAUGUCAUGAUGUUUCAAGCAGUUCAGUUAUUGUAAAUAGGACAAUUUCACUAUCACUAUUUCAAGAACAUCUACAUAUGCAUUCAAUGCAACUAUGAAUAUAAAGUUUAUUACAGCUGGUACUGUCUUAAGAAGUUUGCAUGUUUUCUUCUGUUAGAUUUUCAGGGAAACUCCAACUAAGGAAGCAACCAUGGAAACCUUGUUACACUUAUCUGUGUAAUAAUAAGAGUAAGAAUGUUUCAGUACGGUUCAGUAGCAACCAUACUUGUCAUUGGCUUAUUAAUUAGAUCAAUGGCUAAAAGUCUCUGCUGGUUGGAGACUUGUUUAGAACUCACAGAAACAUGAACACAACCGUAGCUAGUGUCUGCUUUAUACACCUGGUGUUUGCUUAAUUUGGGGUUUCCUUUGUGCAAGUUUCAUUUUAAUGUACAUUAUGUGAUCCCAUGAAGGGGAGCCACUAUUUACGCUGAAAAAUAUUUAUCUUUUGCAAUGCGCUCUUAAACAUGGAAAUUAGGUAUUAUAACUUUGUACAUAGUGAUAUUAAUUUAAUGACAUAGUUGAUGUAAUAGCGUUGAGUCAUAUGCAAAAUGUUUACUGGCUCUUACAUCACGCUAGUUCAAAUUUCCAAUGAAGUGUAUCUACAAUGUGAUAUAACCUCGCAGGGAGAGGUUGUUGCCCGUUUAAUUUUUCUACCUAAGAAUUUAGAGUUAACUUGAAAAGUGAAAUUGCAUUUAUGUCACCCAUACAGUGAAAUUGAAUGGAUGAAAAGUCAACUCUCCUUCCAAGCCACAUUUGCUAAACCUAGAGGAUGUUGUAAAGUGAUAGGUUAUUAUCUAUAUCAUCCUGUCCAAAAGGCUGCUUAAAGCCAUGGCAAUCUAUUUUCAUAUUUUUUUUAUUUAUAGGUACACUUGCAAUCAUCUUUUUUCAAUUUGAUUGUCUUAGUAUAGGUAAUAACACAGUUUCAAUUGCAAUUUGGUGUUAAUAAGCACAAGUAAGUUUUUCAAAGACAACAAAUUGCACGAGCCUGUUGGGCAAGUACAAUUUCUAGUCUGAAAAAUUUUACAAGUGCUUAUUAACAACAAAUUGCACUCAAAAUCAUGUUGUCACUUAUUAAUAAUUUACAUGAAAAAAAGCAUCGUGAUAGUGGAUUCGAAAUUUGCACUCGUUUUCAACCAUUUUUCAUGCAUAGUAUUUUAAAUAGAAUGCUAUGUAGCACUGUGUUCCCGGUAGCACUCUCAAUGAAAGGAAAUGAAACACAGGCCAGUGAAGGCAAAUAUGGUAAAAAAUCUUAGAGCUUGUUGUGUAAACCAGCAAUCUUGAGAUGUAUAAAAUAAGGCUGUUCCUAAUUUUUUAAACAAACUCUUACACUUGU